GGGGAAAAACAAUGCUAGAGAACAGUCCCAAGUCCGGACAGGUCAAAAGAUUUGCCGAGCCACUGAGGAAUCGUUGUUGGCUUUGUCACUCUGCAACCUGAACCAGAUUAGUCCACGCGCGAAUAUACAAAAGCUACUCGAUAGGAUCGAUCUCCAAGGGGCUUUUUGCUCAGGAAAACCGGACGGUUUGAUAGAUUUUCGAAUUCAAGAUGAAUACCGGCGAUACCUUAUCGAAGUUAGCUCUGUAUUUCUCCUCUUCCGAUGUGUUUUUCCGGCGAGCUGACGGUGAUGAUGGAGUCGUUUGUUAUUGCUGGGCCACCGUAUGCGCACUUGUCUUCAUUCUUCUCUGCCAUAUUUCCCGGAAAUUUCGAUUCUUUACUCAGGCUUCUUCUUCUUCUUCUUCUUCUUCUUCUUCCCCUGCCGUCUCGGUUUCUCAAUCGCUGAGCUCCCAAUCAGGAAUCUCUACACUUGUUUCUGAUGAAGAUCUGAAAGGCCUGAUUGAGAAAUUGGGGGAAAGAAAUGAGGAUGCUGAGAUUUGGGAGAAUAUUAUUCAGAAGAGCAACCCUCGCGUCUCAUACACUGCCAAAUGCUGCAAACCAACAGAUGGUGGUCCUAUGAAAUACUUAAGUACUACGGUUUUUGAGGACUGCUCCCCAGAGGCUCUGAGGGACUUUUACAUGGAUAAUGAGUACAGGAAACAAUGGGAUAAGACUGUGGUUGAGCACGAGCAAUUGCAGGUUGACAGGGAUAGCGGAAUUGAGAUUGGUCGCACGAUAAAAAAGUUUCCCUUGUUGACACCAAGGGAGUAUGUAUUAGCUUGGAGAUUGUGGGAGGGGAAGGAUAAGUUUUAUUGUUUCAUCAAGGAAUGUGAUCACAAUACGGUGCCGCAACAGAGGAAAUAUGUACGUGUAAGUUAUUUCAGAUCUGGUUGGCGAAUCAUGAAAGUUCCCGGUAGGAAUGCUUGUGAGAUCCACAUGUUUCACCAGGAAGAUGCUGGAUUAAAUGUUGAGAUGGCAAAGCUUGCUUUCUCAAAAGGCAUUUGGAGUUACGUUUGUAAGAUGGAGACUGCACUUCGUAAAUACAUUACAACCAGUCAUAGACCCCAAGGACCCACUGUAUCUGCUGUCAGCUUAAUGAAAAAGAUUCCAUCAGAGUUAGAGAGCCAGUCAGAUGACAUCACAAAUUCCUCCGGGACUACUAGUGGUGGUGGUCUGCACACAGUGGAAGGAGCCAAACGGAAGAAACUGUUGAGAAAGCCUUCAAAGAAACUGAUAGCAAACGGUAUGUUACUUGUGGGCGGUGCAGUCGGUGGCGCGAUCUGCCUCUCUCGUGGUCACUCUGCCUUAGGUGCAAAGGUUGCCUUGGCUUACAUCUUGACAAAGCUGAGAAAGCGAGGAGCUCAGGCGAGUCAGACUUCCCAAAGCUCUGGUAUUUAAGUCAUGUAUAGAUUUGUUUGAUGAAGUAUCUGCGAUUUCUAAGCUUGUAUGAUAGGGGAGUUGUCUGUAGAUGUGUGAAUACUGUCAUAGUAAAGUUGUAUUUUUGCAAUGGCUCUGACCUCAUGAGCUCUGGGUCUUCAAAGUUUUGUAUACUCCUGGAAAUUUUUACACUUUUGUGAAUGUACAAAAAAUAUAUAUUCAGAAAAGCCCUUUGAAUA